AUAUGGCAACAAUUGCGAAUGAAAAAUUCGCAGAUAUUUAUUCAACAGUGUUUGUGGAGAAGAUAGUCGGAGUUAAAGCGGUUGAUGAGAAAUUGAAUCGGGUUUAAUUAAAAUUUAUGUGCAAAGGACUAUUUUUCUAAAUGUUUGCAAACACUUAACAAAAUCUAAGUAAAUAGACGGAAAGUUGGUGUUGUAAUUGGAUAGAUAGGUAAAAACCCAGUGAUCAAAUUGGAAAACGAAGUGGAUAACAAAGUAUAAUAGAAAAAUAGAAACCAGUACAAGGCAGAGAGGAAAUAAAUAAUAUCUGCUUCUAAACUUCCUGAGAUUGUGUAAAAAUUGGUAAGACGCUAUCGACGUCGCUUACCAAUGUUUUCUUUCGUACAAAUGAACUUCAGCGCUUUAUCAGUACUACUGUCAAGAGUGUGGACAUGCAUCUGUUUUAUGUUCAACAGACAAGUUCGCUCGAUUGUACAAUAUCAACCAGUCAAAUAUGAACUCUUCCCAUUAUCGCCGGUGUCAAGACAUCGCCUUAGUAUAGUGCAACGGAAAACACUUGUUUUAGAUCUGGAUGAAACGCUCAUACAUUCACACCACAGCGCAAUGUCACGAAAUACCGUGAAGCCUGGCACCCCGCAUGACUUUACGGUCAAAGUAAUUAUUGACCAUCAUCCAGUUCGUUUUUUUGUUCAUAAACGACCUCAUGUAGACUAUUUUUUGGAUGUGGUUUCACAAUGGUAUGACCUAGUUGUAUUUACAGCGAGUAUGGAGAUUUAUGGCGCUGCAGUAGCUGAUAAACUGGACAACGGACGUAAUAUUUUGCGUCGGCGUUAUUAUCGUCAGCAUUGCACACCUGAUUUCAGUUCUUACACCAAAGAUUUAUCUGCUAUCUGCAGUGACUUGAAUAGAAUAUUUAUUAUUGACAAUUCACCUGGCGCAUAUCGUUGCUUUCCUAACAACGCGAUACCCAUAAAGAGUUGGUUCUCCGACCCAAUGGAUGUUGCGCUGCUUUCACUUCUUCCAAUGCUGGACGCUUUGAGGUUUACGAAAGACGUGCGUUCAGUUUUGUCAAGAAAUUUACAUUUGCAUCGUUUAUGGUAGCAGUUUUACAGAUUAAAAAUUUGGUGCUGUGACGCUUAAACGAGUUUUUAGUUUGUUUUAUAUAAUAAGCAUUAUUAAUGAGAAAGGAAUCCAAUUCAAUACACCAACACUAGUUUUGACAUACCUACAUACAAAAGCAUACAUAAAGACCUAAAACAUAUUAUCCAACUUUUCCUCUUCUUGAUAUCUUCCACCCCAGCCUGACUUUCCAUAUUCGCAUUUUAAGCGAAGUUAGGAAAACUGUUUACCACUUGAUAAAUUCGCUUAAUAUAUAUUUAAUAAACAAAAUAUAAUUCGUAAAUUGUAUCUACAUAUAUAAUUUGCUAAAGAAUUAUUUAUAUUUAUGUCUAUUGUAAUAAAUAUGUGUUUUGACUAAAAAAUUAUUUAUUGGAAACAAAAAACAAAAAAAAACAAAAAUGAAUUAUUUUAAGUACUAACAAAGUGUUAAUUCAUAGAACAUAGAACAUAUGGCAGAACGUAUUGAAAUGAAUUGUUUGCUUUGUGUAUUAUAUAUGAGCAUGAAAAUUAUAUUGUAUAAUUUGAAGUAGCAUUUAAUGGCAGCGCAAGCCAAUCUAUUUAAAUUACUGAAUAUGUUAUUCAAUUAAUUAUAAAAAAUGAAAUAUCAAAAGGAUCAACAACCACAAACAAUACCGAUGGCCAUGUACCAGUACAAUAAACGCAUAAAAGUAACAUCCACUUAACCAUAUUGAGAAAAGGUUUGAACGAUUUCUCUUGCUUGUUUCCUCUUGAUAUUAUGUUUUCAUUGAACAGAAUAAAAAUGCAAAAAAAAAAAACAACAGCAAUGUCUGAAAAUUAAAGAAAUCUAUGAUUAAGAACAAACUGACUCAGUUAUCAUUUAGAAUUAACUUUAUGUCAACAAAGAAAUUAAGAAUAGCUUGUAAGUUUGUAGUAAGUUUGAAGUAUAUAUUGAACAGAAUAAUGGAGCGUUCAACUAUCAAGGAUAGUCUGUCACCUAUGGAAAUGUUUUAUUUUUAUUUUCAAUAAUGAUGUUGUAAAUUAAAGUAUUUUUGGCCAAUUUGCUUUUUUGUGAAAUGGUGAAAAUUUG